GAAGCUGACGAAGCUUCCGGUUGAAGCCGGGGAAAACAAAGGCGGUAAAAACGAACCGUUUUUUCUGCCCAGAGGAGAGAAGGUAAACAAACGGAGUAAUUGUAGGAUUUUUUAAAACAUUUUUUAAUAAUGGACCCGACGGCCCGGUUCUUUACCGCGCUCAGAAAGCUGGCGGUGACUCUAGAGUCCGAAACUGUGAAGCUCCAGCAAGUGUUUGAAAACCGGAACGACGACGACAGCGACUCUACAGCGAAAGCCAUUCGAGCGUAUCACGAAGUGAACUGUGACGUCAGGGAGCUGAAGGGGCAGAUCCAGGGGCAGAUUGCUCCGCAGAGAGCACAGGAGAACGAGGUGAGCAGCUUCAUUAAGGCCUGUCGAGUGAUGGAGCAGAAGGUCUCCACGGACAUCCGGACGCUGAAGGGACACUGGGAAAAAUACGGUUAUCAAGACCACCAGAGACCAACCAAAGCCAAAGAUGAGGCGUUGGAGGCUGAAGAUGAAGCAGCAGAGGAGAAUGAAGCUAACUCAUCAACGGGAGGAGGAGGAAGCCAGGAGGAAGAUGGUGGAAGUUGCUCCUCAUCAUCACCACCGCCGCCGCUCUUCACCGACGUGCUGCGGACCCCUCAGCUCUCUGAUUUCGGCCUCUCCGAGGUGGAGAUGAAGAGGGCUCUGGCCAGUUUGUGCUCUGAGGUUCCCCCGAUGCCCGAGUUGAGCCUCCCUCACCCGUCGCUCAACACCCCCGGACCACCGCCACACAUGGCCUUGACCCCCAAACGGGCCCUGCGGAUGGACGACGAUGAGCUGCUGACGCCUCAGAUGCCUGACUUUGGCCUUUCAGAGCACACCAUGUGUCUGAACAACGACUUCACGAUGGAUCUUUUCCGGAAGAAUGUUGAAAAGCCCCAAAGACCAGCUCUAGAGAUGCCGAGACCACCAGUGAACGUCCUCAUGGAGGGUUUGCACUCAAAAGAACCGGACUUGGUGUCUCCAGAGCCGCCUGUGUUUUACACUCCGGGGUUUAAAAUCAGAAAGACAAACGGCCGCUGCUCCCAACCGGCACAAGGCGACGGUGACCUAGAAUCCCCCCCCGGUCAACCUGGAAACCUGCCCUCCACCCCCGAGGUCCCCGUGUUUCAGACCCCGUACUUGAACCGCAUGGCCACCUCCAGAAAGAGCGCUCGUAAGGCUGAGCCGAUCAACAUGCGAGCUGACGACGACGAGGCCGACACCUCCGACCCUCCGUCACCUCGCAGCAGAGCGACCGGCUCCAAGCGGCUCUGGGAAUACGAUGUUCCAGAUGUGACCAUCACGGGCAUGGAGGACAAGCAGAUGCCGGAGAUGCCGAACCUGGAGUCUGUUUUGGGAAAUUCUUUACAAACCAGAAGUGCUAAGAUGCAGAAGAAGACGUCGGGGCAUAAAAAGGUGACCACGGAGUCGACUGUCACCAGUCUGGAGCUGGACGGACCCACUCAGGAGUUCAGCUUCGGGACGCCUCGCCUCAGGACGGACGACCAGGAGCCAAGCACCGCGGAGAUGUCCGUCGGCAGCUCUGUCACACAGGACAUCUGUAAACUUCUGACCCAGCCUCAGUUGAAGAGGACGGCCAUGGCGGUUGUGCACCCAAAUGUCCGGCCAGGAAAUAAUAAAAUCAGAGCUGUGAGGUUGUCUGAGGUGUCAGAGAGAGAGUUCCAGAGUUUACCGAAGUACCUGAAGCAGAUGACUCUGCACAACCUCAACCAGGCGGUCCACAACAUCAACACGUUCACCGAGGAGAGUCGAGGAGAACAGACGGAGUUUCGGAUGGAGGAGCUGAGGAGGAUUUGCUCUGCUGGAACCAAGACCCCCGUCUACGUCCUGUGUCUGACGGAGCUGAGGAGGCUGGAGGACACGGGAGGAGCCAGGAACACCUCCGUGUACAGACUGUGCACGCUCCGCUAAAGGAGGAGCAGGAACACCUCCGUGUACAGACUGUGCACGCUCCACUAAAGGAGGAGCAGGAACACCUCCCUGUACAGACUGUGCACGCUCCACUAAAGGAGGAGCAGGAACACCUCCCUGUACAGACUGUGCACGCUCCGCUAAAGGAGGAGCAGGAACACCUCCGUGUACAGACUGUGCACGCUCUGCUAAAGGAGGAGCAGGAACACCUCCCUGUACAGACUGUCUAAUCAAUGUUAAUUAUCAUUUUUAUGUCUAGAUUGUAAAUAGUUUUGAUGCAUGGUGAGUCAAUUGUACUGGAUAUAUAUAUAUCUCCUCUGUAUAUGUUAAUAAACACAUAUUAUGGAAAUGAGCUCUCUAAGGCAGUGUAUUAGAAAGAUAUUUGAAUAAAGUUUAACUGUGUGUAAAAGA